AACUCUCCCUGUAUUGACUCUAGACAUUAGUUUCUUGAUGUGGAUGUUGAAAUCAAAGUUGACAAUUUUUUGUCAUUUUUUUUCUUGUUCAGGAAAUGACACAACCUAGGAUGUACCAGGAGCCAGAGGAAGCCAGACCUACAUUAUCAAGCAGCGAAUUCUUAGAAUUAUUCAAAGAGAUGUCAACAAGACCUGAAAUCUAUUUCCUACUUGUCAGGUACUCGAGUAGUGAAUUUAUGACAUUGGACGAUCUCAUGAUAUUCUUAGAAGCAGAACAAGGGAUGACUGGCGUAACGAAGGAAAAAUGUCUGUCACUCAUACAACGCUAUGAAGUCUCUGAGGAGGGUCGUCAAAAGGGAUACCUCGGCAUUGACGGUUUUACAAGCUAUCUAUUAUCAUCAGAAUGUGAUAUUUUUGACAAUCUUCAACGGAGAGUUUGUCAGGACAUGACCCAAUCGUUAUCUCACUACUUCAUUGCUGCUUCUCAUAAUACGUAUCUAACUGAGGACCAAUUGAAAGGACCAUCAAGUGUAGCAGCGUAUGUGUCAGCAUUACAGAAAGGAUGCAGAUGGGUGGAAUUGGAUGUAUGGGAUGGAGGCAAUGAUGAACCUAUAAUCUAUCACGGCCAUACACUCACAUCUAAAAUACUCUUCAAAUCAGCUAUAGAAGCGAUUAAUCAACAUGCGUUCGAAACAUCAGAGUAUCCAGUGAUUGUAUCGAUUGAGAACCAUUGCAGCAUUGAUCAACAGAGAGUAAUGGCCCAUUAUAUCAAGUCUGUGUUUGGUGACAAGCUUCAUAGUGAGACGAUAGAUGAGGAUCUUUCAUACCUUCCUUCACCUCAUCAACUGAGAGGCAAGAUUCUUAUCAAGGGUAAGAAGCUAGCUGAUGAUGUAGAAGGAGAUGAAGGGGAAGUCACUGAUGAAGAUGAAGGAUCGGAUACAGAUAGAGGAAAGAAGAUAAAGAAGGAUGGAUUGAAGAAGAGGCCAUUAAUAAGAGAGUUAUCAGACCUGGUUACACUAUGCAAAUCAAUUCGCUUUCCAGGGUUCAACGAAGCAAGACAGAAUCAGAGGUACUGGGAGUUAUGUUCAUUCGUGGAGAACACAGCAGAGAAGUUUGCCAACAUGUGUCCUGAGGACUUUGUGAGUCACAACAAGAGUUUCCUAUCCAGGGUGUAUCCUAACGCAAACAGGGUAGAUUCAACCAACCUCAACCCGCAGGAUAUGUGGAAUGUUGGAUGUCAAAUAGUGGCUCUAAAUUACCAGACGCCAGGAUUAAUGAUUGAUCUCUACGAUGGAAAGUUUCAGAUGAACGGCAGCUGUGGAUAUGUAUUGAAACCAGCUAUCAUGAGAGAAGAGAUUGCUUAUUUCCGACCGAACUCAUUUGACUUGAUUCCGGGAGUAUCGCCUCAGAUUCUUCACAUCAAGAUCAUCAGUGGCCAACAGUUCCCUAAACCAAGAGGAUCAGGAUCUAAAGGAGAUGUGAUAGAUCCAUACAUCUCCGUAGAGAUCUUUGGCAUACCAGCCGACUGCAGAGAGGAACGCACCAAGACAGUACCUCAUAAUGGUUACAACCCAAUCUUUGACGAGAGCUUUGAGUUUUCUGUCAAUCUUCCAGAGUUAGCCUUGGUGCGCUUCGUGGUCCUGGAUGAUGACUUCAUCGGUGACGAGUUCAUUGGUCAAUAUACCAUACCAUUUGAAUGCUUACAACCAGGAUAUCGUCAUAUAACCCUACUAUCAAACACCGGAGAACCAUUGAAACCUGCAUCUCUCUUUGUUCAUGUAGCAGUAACAAACAAGAGAGGAGGAGGGAAACCAACAAAGAGGGGGAUGUCUGUGAAGAAAUCAAAGAAAUCUAGAGAGUAUACAAGGAUGAAGCCCAUUGGAGUCAAGCUUGUCGAUGAUGCAUUCAAGACUGCUUUGCAACCGUUGCGAGAAGCCAUAGAUUUACGUGAGAACAUACAGUGUACGAUGUUGAGUUUCAAAGAGUCUUGCGGCUUGGCAACAAUGGCCAAUCUCAAGCAGUGUGUAAGAUCAUUGUUUAAUAGAUUAGCAAAGACCACGGAACAAGUUUCUAUCAUGGUGGAGGUGGAUGGGGACACAACGCUACUCAGACUCGAGGGAAACGCUCCUAACGUACUACGGAAAGCAAUAAUGGCUUACACUACACUUGUAGAGGAAUGCAAGAAGUUAACGGAGCAGGCAGAAGGGAUCUCUGUUAGGAUAGAUGAAGCUCACACGGCUGGAAUGCAAUACCAUGAUAAUCUGACUGAGCUGCUAACUAAAGAAGGAAUCAAAGGACGCAAGCUUACUCGGUCUACCGAGAACUUUGCUUGGAACAUCCGCGUGUUGAAAGGUCAAAAGGAGGUCAUCUUGGGUGCUAAAGAUGAAUGCCAGGAAUGGAUGAAACAGGUGUAUGAGACAGCAACUUCACUAAAGCAGUCACACGUCGGUGAUAUACAAGAAGAAGAUGAAAGUAGAUGAUCAGGUCCUACCCAUAGAGGGCGGUCUCUGUGUCCGUGUUCAUCACUAUAUAACCUAUGACCCUAGAAAUGAUGUAAUUGUGGAAUAGGGAAAGCCCCCAUUAUGAAUGUUGUAAAACUUCAUGUGUCCAAUGGGUGAUUUCAAGUUCAGUGUUGACCUUUUGGUGUUGGUGCUGGCGUUAGGUCAAUAUUUAUAAGAAUAUAACACCAAACAUAAAAUGAAGAUGGUCCUGAAAAGUCGCUCACUCGGUAGUGAGUUCUCAAUAGUGUGAAGUGGAUUAUGCUUAUAAACUCAGAAUUAGGUUUGGAGCUAGGAAACGCAAUCUAAAUUGUGCUUCCAACACCGGACUUGAAAUCACCCAAUGUAGAUUGGAUGGCAUUGACCUCUGAAUUGUAAUACAUUGUAACACCUUAGAAUAAAUGCAGUAGUCAGUCAGUUGGUAAAUCGCCACUUGGUCUACGUCCAGUUCGUCUGCCGCAUGUAUGGUCUCAUCCCACAUGGUCUAAUCCCAGUCCAUCUACAGCUAGUUCUUGAAAAGUCAGUGUUAUGUCAAACAGUAACCAAUAAAAGUCAAUGAGCAAAACUUGAUCUAACACCGAUGAGUCUGUGAACUUUUCCUGAUGAACCAAAUUUUCCUUUGACAAAGUGAAAAAUAAGAAUUUAAUGAAAUUGAAAUUAGACCGUCUGGGCAUUAAACUAAAUUAGACUAAAUGGUUAUUAGACCAAGUGUAAUGUAGACUAAACAGAAAUUAGACUUAAUUGACAGUAGACCAAAUAGGUUAAGACUAUCUGAUCAGUAGACCAACUGCAUGUCGAACAAGUAAUGCAUGUAUAAACCAGUCGAGUGUACAUUCUAACAAACACUACAUUUUUUAAUGUAUGGUGUACAGUUUAUCAUCAUGCAACAUGGAUAAAUGACAGAAAUUUCUUUAUCUCAACAAACCAAACUAUUUUAUUCCUUUUAUACCAUCUACAUGUAUUUUGUUAUUUUGUUAGUUUUAUUAGUAUAUUUUUGUUUGUGCAAUACAUUUUUAGACUUUGCCAAAUAUAUAUGUACUGCACCUUU